CGUCUUUCCUUUCCUUUUGCUCUUUUCCAUUGCAGCCUUCAAUGCCGUCCUCGUCCGCCUUGCUCGUCGGUCUGCUUGCGUUCGUGGCCCUCGUUGCUGCGUUCGCAUCGCCCGUCUCUGCGCUGUACAUUGUGGUCGACGCGCACGCCGAGGAGUGCUUCCACGAUCACAUUGAGCGCGGAUCCAAGCUGACGGUCGCCUUCCAGGUCUACGAAGGCGGCUUCCUCGACAUUGACAUCAAGAUCACGGGCCCCGAUGGCAAGAUUGUUUACAGCGGCGAUCGCGAGACGGACGCAAAGUACACGUUUGGGGCUUCGGAAACGGGUCGCUACACGUACUGCUUUGGCAACAAGAUGUCGAGCUUGACGCCCAAGAUCCUCAUGUUUACCGUUGACAUUCACACGCCAGAAAAGCCCAAGCCAGCAGGAACCGAGGAGCACACCGAUAUGCUCGACAGUAUGGUGGCUCAAUUGCAUGAUCAUCUUACCACUGUUCGACGUGAUCAAGACUACAUGGAGGUUCGUGAAGCCACGCACCGCGGAACCAACGAUAGCACCAACUCUCGCGUCCUGUGGUGGUCCUUCUUUGAAGCCAUCAUCUUGGUAACAAUGGCCGUGGCUCAAGUCUUUUACUUGAAGCGACUUUUCGAGGUCAAGCGUGUCGUGUAACGCUCGAGUCCUGUGCGAUUCGGCGCAGCAAUGUGUUGUGGAACAAAUUUAUUCUCUCUCGUCAUCAGCCCAUUAGUAAAUGGAAAAGAAAAAAAAACUACUUUCUAUUAGGAUGAUUG